AUGGGCAAGGGGCAUAAAAGGGGACCUCCCAAGGCAGUCUGGGACCAGUUGAAGACCAAAGUCGAAGACCAGCUAGAUAGGACCCUGGACCCUCUCGACCCGCUGUCCUUGUCAGGGCUGGGACGCUGUGCGGGCCGGUGGUGGGACUCUGGGACUCCCGGCCCCACGCCCUUGAGGGCGAGGGCCCCACCCCUGGAGGCCCCACCCCUGGAGGCCCCACCCCUGGAGGCCCUACCACUGGAGGCCCCACCCCUGGAGGCCCUACCCCUGAAGGCCCCACCUCUGGAGGCCCUACCACUGGAGGCCCUACCACUGGAGGCCCCACCCCUAGAGGCCCCACCUCUGGAAGCCCUACCACUGGAAGCCCCACCCCUGGAGGCCCUACCCCUGGAGGCCCCACCCCUGGAGGCCCUACCACUGGAAGCCCCACCCCUGGAGGCCCUACCACUGGAGGCCCCACCCCUGGAGGCCCUACCACUGGAAGCCCCACCCCUGGAGGCCCUACCACUGGAGGCCCCACCCCUGGAGGCCCUACCACUGGAGGCCCCACCCCUGGAUGCCCCACGCCUGAAGGCCCCACCCCUGGAGGCCUCACCACUGGAGGCCCCAUCUCUGAAGGCCCCACCACUGGAGGCCCCACCCCUGGAGGCCCCACCCCUGGAGGCCCCACCCCUGGAGGCCCUACCUCUGGAGGCCCCACCUCUGGAGGCCCCACCCUUGGAGGCCCCACCUCUGGAGGCCCCACCCCUGGAGGGCCCACCCCGGUCUACCUGA